AAUUAUUGAUUAAAAAAUCCGAAUCUAAAGUUAAAUGACAUUUGUUGGCUUUUUGAUUACGCCAAUUUUUUCAUUAACAUUUAUCGAAAUUUCGUUGAAAUUUUCAAUCAGUGAUUUUAUCAACCAGAAAAUCAACAAUGGGUUGUAAAUCAUCAAAAGUUGAAAAAAAUCUUGAUGAUCUUAAGCAAGAGGUCAAAAUGGAUGAACAUCGAAUUCCGUUUGCAGAAUUAUAUGCUCGUUAUGGUAUCACAAAUCCGGAUUUUGGUCAUAGUUCAGCUAAAGCUAUGGAAAUUUUGGAACGUGAUGGUCCGAAUGCUCUUACACCGCCAAAAACAACACCAAAAUGGAUAAAAUUUUGCAAACAAUUAUUUGGUGGUUUUGCCAUGCUAUUAUGGGUUGGUGCUAUUCUUUGUUUCAUCGCCACAGCAAUUCAGCCAGAAGAAAUGGAUAAUCUUUAUCUUGGUAUUGUUCUUGCUUUUGUCGUCAUUAUAACUGGAGUAUUUUCUUACUAUCAAGAAGCCAAAUCAUCGGCCAUUAUGGAAUCGUUUAAAAAUCUAGUUCCACAAUAUGCUAUCGUAAUUCGUGAUGGACAAAAACAUACAAUUUUAGCAGAUCAAUUGGUCGUUGGUGAUAUUAUAGAAGUUAAAGGAGGAGAUCGAAUACCUUCUGAUUUAAGAAUUAUUCGUUCACAAGGUUGUAAAGUAGACAAUUCAUCAUUGACUGGUGAAUCUGAACCAUUACUACGAUCAUCCGAAAAUACACAUGAAAAUCCAUUGGAAACAAAAAAUAUGGCAUUUUUUUCAACAAAUUGUGUAGAAGGUACUGCUACUGGUAUUGUAGUCAAUACAGGUGAUCGUACCAUAUUAGGACGAAUUGCUAAUCUAGCAUCCGGAUUGGAAGUCGGUGAAACACCAAUAGCCAAAGAAAUUUCUCAUUUUAUUCAUAUUAUCACUGGUGUUGCUGUAUUUCUAGGUGUUAGUUUUUUAAUUAUUGCAUUAUCUAUUGGUUAUGGUAUUGUUGAUGCAGUCAUUUUUCUAAUAGGUAUUAUAGUGGCAAAUGUUCCUGAAGGUUUAUUAGCAACAGUAACGGUAUGUUUAACACUUACGGCAAAACGUAUGGCCAAAAAGAAUUGUUUGGUUAAAAAUUUAGAAGCUGUCGAAACAUUAGGUUCAACUUCAACUAUAUGUUCAGAUAAAACUGGAACAUUAACACAGAAUCGUAUGACAGUAUCACAUAUGUGGUUCAAUAAUAAAAUUGUUGAAAUAGAUACGACUGAAGAUCAAUCUGGAACGAAAAUCGAUAAAAGUUCUAAUGAAUGGAAAGCAUUAGAACGUACAGUAACAUUAUGUAGUCGUGCUGAAUUUAAAGCCAAUCAAUCUGACAUUUCGAUUCUUAAACGUGAAUGUACAGGAGAUGCUUCGGAAAUAGCUAUUCUAAAAUGUAUGGAAAUCGCUACAGGAAAUGUUAUGGAUUAUCGUUCUCAGAAUCCAAAAAUUUGUGAAAUUCCUUUCAAUUCAACAAAUAAAUAUCAUGUAACCAUACAUGAACAUUAUCAUGCAAAAGGAAGUUAUAUAUUGUGCAUGAAAGGUGCACCUGAACGUAUUCUUGAUCGUUGUACAACAAUCUUUAUAAAUGGUGAAGAAAAACAUUUAGAUAAUGAAUGGCGAAAAGCAUUCAAUGAUGCUUAUAUGCAAUUGGGAGGAAUGGGUGAACGUGUGAUUGGAUUGUGUGAUUUUGAAUUAAAUGAAGAUAAAUAUCCGAAAGGAUAUGUAUUUAAUGCGGACGAUAUGAAUUUUCCAAUGAAUGAUCUGCGAUUUUUGGGUUUGAUUUCAAUGGUUGAUCCACCACGUGCUGCUGUACCUGAUGCUGUAGCUAAAUGUCGAAGUGCAGGUAUAAAAGUUAUUAUGGUUACCGGUGAUCAUCCGAUUACUGCUAAAGCUAUUGCAAAAGCUGUUGGUAUCAUUUCAGAGAAUAAUGAAACUAUCGAAGAUAUUGCAUCAAGAUUACAAGUACCAAUUACAAGUGUUAAUCCACGUGAUGCAAAAGCUGCUGUCAUUCAUGGUCAAGAAUUGAAAGAUAUGUCAGAUGAUCAGCUUGAUGAUGUUCUUCGACAUCAUACUGAAAUUGUAUUUGCUCGUACUUCACCACAACAAAAAUUAAUCAUUGUUGAAGGCUGUCAACGUCAAGGUGCAAUCGUUGCUGUAACUGGUGAUGGUGUUAACGAUUCACCAGCAUUGAAAAAAGCUGAUAUUGGUGUAGCUAUGGGUAUUUCUGGUUCAGAUGUUUCGAAACAAGCAGCCGAUAUGAUUUUAUUGGACGACAAUUUUGCAUCGAUUGUUACCGGUGUUGAAGAAGGUCGUUUGAUUUUUGAUAAUCUAAAAAAAUCAAUCGCCUAUACUUUAACAUCAAACAUUCCAGAAAUAACACCAUUUCUUAGUUUUAUAUUAUUUGAUAUACCACUUCCACUCGGUACAAUUACUAUUCUGUUUAUCGAUCUUGGUACAGAUAUGGUACCAGCCAUUUCUUAUGCAUAUGAAAAAGCCGAAUCGGAUAUUAUGAAACGAAAACCACGUGAUCCAUUACAUGAUAAACUAGUCAAUUCUCGUCUAAUAUUUGCUUCAUACGGAUUAAUUGGGAUAAUUGAAGCUUCAGCCGGAUUUUUCACUUAUUUUGUCAUUAUGGCUGAACACGGUUUCUGGGGCUGGAUUGUGUUUGGUCUUCGUAAAAAAUGGGAUAACAUGUAUAUUAAUGAUUUAUUGGAUGCUAAUGGUCAAGAAUGGACAUAUUCACAGCGUAAAAAAUUGGAACACACUUGUUAUACAGCAUUUUUUGUCAGUAUUGUUGUUGUACAAUGGGCCGAUUUAAUCAUACGAAAAACAAGACGAAAUUCAAUUAUUGAACAAAAAAUGGGAAAUCAAGUAUUGAAUUUUGCAUUAUUUUUCGAAACCGCAUUGGCCGCAUUUCUUACAUAUUGUCCGGGUAUGCCGAUUAUACUCCGAACUCAACCAUUAAAAUUUUCCUGGUGGUUAUUAGCACUUCCAUUUUCAUUUUUAAUUUUCUUAUUCGAUGAAGUACGACGUUUCCUUUUACGACGCAAUCCCGGUGGUUGGGUUGAACAAGAAACUUAUUAUUAAUUUGAUUGUAAUUAAAUAAAUAAUCAUUUCUAUAU